GCCGACUUAUGACGGCGAUCCGCAACCAAUUUCGCUGGUUUGAUUUUGGCCAGAGCACAAUGACGUAAUCCGCCAACCCUGUCUUCAAAUACCGCCCGGAGCUCCGCCUCGCUGCUUUCUCACAACACACACCUUCACUACAGAGUAUCCUCAAACACUUCACAUCCACAAAGCGAACAUGCAUCGAACGUACUCUAUGCGCCAGUCUCGCGCGCCGACGGCGUCGCAGAUCCAGAACCCCCCUCCUCCCCCAUCCUCUACCAAGCAUGGUCGCUUCUUCGGCAAAGGCAACAUCGGCCACACGUUCCGCCGCAGCACGGCCGGUGCAUUCGGCCCCGAUCUGGCCAAGAAGCUGUCACAAUUGGUCAAGAUGGAGAAGAACCUUAUGCGCAGCAUGGAGCUUGUGAGCAAGGAGCGCAUGGAGUCCGCCCAGCAGCUGUCGUUGUGGGGUGAAAGCUGUGACGAUGACGUCUCGGAUGUCACGGACAAGCUUGGUGUCCUGCUGUACGAGAUUGGCGAACUCGAGGAUCAGUUUAUCGAUCGCUACGACCAGUACAGAGUCACCAUGAAGAGCAUCCGCAACAUUGAGAUUUCGGUGCAGCCUAGCAGAGACAGGAAGCAGAAGAUUACCGACCAGAUCGCGCAGCUCAAGUACAAGGAGCCAAAUUCCCCCAAGAUCGUCGUCCUCGAGCAGGAGCUUGUGCGUGCUGAGGCAGAGUCUCUAGUCGCCGAGGCACAACUGUCCAAUAUCACACGUGAGAAGCUUAAGGCAGCCUUCACGUACCAAUUUGACGCCCUUCGCGAACACUGCGAAAAGGUUGCUAUCAUUGCAGGCUAUGGAAAGCAUCUCCUCGAGCUUGUAGACGACACGCCUGUCACCCCUGGUGAGACGCGCAAUGCUUACGAUGGCUAUGAAGCUAGCAAGGCAAUCAUUCAAGAUUGCGAGGACGCUCUCACAAACUGGGUCUCACAAAACGCAGCAGUCAAGUCGAGUCUCUCGCAACGUUCUCGCACCCUUUCGCAACGCCGCAAGAACCGCAUUCAGGGCGAAGGCGUCGAUCUGACCCACCAGGAUGCACCGCUUGACAACCCCGACUGGGUGCCAGCAUCUCAACAUCCCAAUGGCGGGGAGUACGAGGAUGAAGAAGAGGAAGAGGAGGCAUCGAAUGCCGACGACGUCCGCGGACGCGCUGUCGCGGCAUAAUCACGUAGCGUCACGGCCGCUUUUGCAAUUAUGGAUAUCAAACGGGAAACGAAUAGGCCCAUAAUUUCACGGGCUUACGGCUAAUGGGUUGUAGCGAUGGGAUGUGCCAGACCGAGGUUUCCAGUGUGGUGUUGUAGGAUUUCAUCCGUUUUCUUUUCUCCAGUUUUCAGCUCGGAGCAUGAAAGGCUUCGAAGACGGGAAGCGUGUGUGCUUGCUCAAGACGAGCACACCCGAGUGCGACGCAGAACCUAAUACCUUGUACCUGUAGAUGACGACGACAAAAACAAUUUCAUACUUAAUGUCUUGUCUUGAA